AUGGGCCGCGGGUUACCUGCGCAAGGGCUGGGGCAGUUCCACGCUGCGCCCGCGGUCCUCGCGCCGGAGUCACGGUUGGGCGCGGCCAGGACGCCUCCUCGGACCGCACCUGCAGCUGAACAAACUGCCGAAACCCACCGGCAGGGAGCCAGGGCCACCAUGGACCACCAGAAAUGGUGGUCCCAGCCCUUGAUGAUGGAGCCCAGGCCCCCGGGCAUGAACUGCAAGCCCUGGUACAAAGACAGACUGCCUUCCAAGUACUUCGCCAGGGCCAAGGACAGGCCCACGUUCCCCACUUCCCUGUGCGGCCGGAGGUGGGUAUUCCUGAAAGACGGGCUGGACGACUUCAGGUGGGGUUGCCCACCUUGCUCAGAGAUGAUCGCUCGGGGACCUAAGGAGGGCUUUCUCCCGAUCAUUUAUCGCACAAAGGCUGGGCCUGCCCCCAAAAGUUGUGGGAAGAAGCUGCCCAAAAAUGCACCCCAAUUUUCCAAGCUCUCACCGGCCCAGCUAGCCCGGAAGGCCUUCGUGGAGGAAGUAGAAGCCCGUCUGAAGGAGCAUCCCUUGGCUUUCCACUCGAAUCUGGACGAUGCGCUGCCUGUAGAUCUCUUACGAAAGGUGCUGGAAAUACUAGAUCCCAGCAAGCAGCUGAAGGACACCUGGGCUUAUUGUCAGGAAGGCAAGAAAAGACCAGAAGAACACAGAGAGCCUUUAAAAAGACGUUCAGCUAAAGUCGGCCCGUGCCCUCCCAAGCCGACUCCCAUGCCGAAGCCAGAAGACUGGCUUAAAGAAAUUAAGUCAGGCAAUGAGGAUUUGCCCAAAGUGUCUGUUACCGAGGAUGAAAACGUAGCUAAAGGAGUUACUAAUUUCUGCCACUGGGCUGCAUCUAUUGGAUGUCCAGGGGUUGAUGAAGGGUUUAUUCUGAAACAAUUUGAGUUAGACUUCAGCUGCAAUCGCAAGUUCGGUCCGUCCCAAAUAAAGAAAAUCACUCAGGUGGAUUCAGAAAUUAAGUACACCCCGGGACGAAGUAAGUGUGCACAACCGAAAUUCUCCACACGAGAAUCAGACUUUGAGAAGAAAGUCCAACAACCAUGUAGUCCUCCCCAGAAGAAGCAUGUGAAGAUGAAAUAUGGAGCAUGGUACCUGCACCCUAAGCUGUGGAAAAAGCAACGAGAAGACGAACCUUUGCUGGACCCCAAGGCCCCACCUGCAAUGGAAGACAGCUAUUUUAAAAGGGUUGAUCCGGAGCCAGACAUUCUUGAAGAGCUGUAUGCAAUGAUUGCCUUUAAGGAUUUUAUUCUAAGCAAGGGCUACAGCAUGCCGAAUUUAAUUGAAAAGCUGUUUACUAGAAAGGGAUGGACAUACGAAGCUAUUCAGAUACCUGCAAUAUUAAGAACAAAAUUCGAGUCAGAUGGGGCUUCUUUAAAAAAGGAUUAG